GCCAUUGCUGCCACCACUGUCAAGCCGCCUCGGGUGCCCCGGAGAGGUCGAGUCCAGUGCCUGCGUGGUGUUCACCAUUGACGCUCAAGGGGUGGACAAAAUCCAUGGCUUGUCCCCAGGCAGACAGAGGCAGCUUCCGCGGGUCCACUCCAGGCACCGAAGAGCCCUGCCACAGCCCUCCCGACUUCCCUGUCCCCUGGGAUCCCUGCCCUGCGUGGGCGCGGGCUUAAGGCUCCGCAGCAGCCGGGCGCCUCAGCCUACCUCGCUGAGCUUGGCACGAAGACCGCCAUCUGGACGUCCCCCGCGGGCCAGACCCUUGACUGCUUCUACUUGGCGUUGCCGCUGUCGCCCGGGAGGGUUGAGGACCCGCCAAGCUCAGCUCCUGUCCUGGGGUGCUCGGAAUCCUGUCUUGGGGCCCUGGGCAGCUCCUCGCUGCCUCAUCCUCCCGGAGCCCUGGGGAAGGGACAGCGCGUUGGCGCUGGGGGUGUCCGGAGCCCCUGCCUCCCGGCCUCCAUUCCACGUCCUCCAGGAGGACGAUUUCCGUCCCUCCACUCUAAGUCCUGUCUCGGCUCUUCCAUCCAACCUUAGAGGGGACACAGACCGAUUUUGGCGCCCGAGGUCCCCCAGCCCCCAUCGCCAACCCCCUCACCCUGCGGUCUUCUCGCCCUGUCCCUUUCAGUAGGGUCUGGACACCGGCAGCUUCUCCGCGCUGACCCACCCCACCUCGAGCCCCUGCCUCCACCUUCUCCUGCCUCAGCACCCCCGGCGCGGACAGCUCCUCGCUGUCGCCUCCACCCCUGGCCCUGGCGGGACCCAGGCGCGGACCUCCUGGGCGCCUGCUCGCGGGGACAGCUCCCGCGCCCUGCCCUCCUCGCGUCCCUCCCGGGCGCAUGGAGACCCCGGGGGUCUGCGACGGGGCCGAGGCGUGCGGCGGGCCGAGCCGCGCUCGCAGCCGCCCGGGCGCACCCAGGCCCCCGAAGCACCUGUGGCGGCAGCCGCGGCGCCCGAUCCGCAUCCAGCUGCGCUUCCUUUCGGACCCGGACAAGCCCGCGGGCCGCCUCGAGCCGGACCGGAACCGGCGGCCCGGGCUCGGGAGGACGCGGCGCUCCUGGCCCACCUCCCCGCACCCGCGCUUUGACCUGGAAAAUGGGCUGUCGCGUGGAAGGACUGUCCUGGACCCUCAGUCCGGGGCUGGCCUUGGACGUGGGGCUCAGGCCCCGGCCCCCCACAGCCAGCGGCGAGAGUCUUUCCUGUACCGCUCGGACAGCGACUAUGAACUGUCACCUAAGGCCUUGUCCCGGAACUCCUCCGUGGCCAGCGACCUACAUGGAGAAGACAUGAUAGUGACGCCCUUUGCCCAGGUCCUCGCCAGUCUGAAGACAGUUCGGAGCAACGUGGCAGCCCUUGCCCAAGGCCAAGUCCACGGUGCAGUCAAGCAGGCAUCUGUCGGGAACCCUCCACCCAGCAGUCAGCCCCCUCCACCUGCAGAAGACUCUGGGCAGAAGCUGGCCCUGGAGACCCUGGAGGAGCUGGACUGGUGUCUGGAUCAGCUAGAGACGCUGCAGACGCGGCACUCGGUCGGGGAGAUGGCCUCCAACAAGUUCAAGCGGAUGCUGAACCGGGAGCUCACCCACCUGUCCGAAUCCAGCCGCUCUGGGAACCAGGUGUCCGAGUACAUCUCCAGAACCUUCCUGGACCAGCAGACGGAGGUCGAGCUGCCCAGGGCGGCCCCCGAGGAAUCCCAGAGGCCCAUGUCCGAGAUCAGUGGCCUCCGUGGGCUCCCCCACAGCGCCAGCCUCUCUGCAGCCACUGUCCCACGCUUUGGGGUCCAGACCGACGAGGAGGGGCAGCUGGCCAAGGAGCUGGAAGACACCAACAGGUGGGGCCUCGAUGUGUUCAAGGUGGCGGAGCUGAGCGGGAACAGGCCGCUGACAGCCGUCAUAUUCAGCAUCUUUCAGGAACGGGACCUGCUCAAGACCUUCCAGAUCCCGGCUGACACCCUGGCCACCUACCUGCUGACGCUGGAGGGUCACUACCACGCCGACGUGGCCUACCACAACAGCCUGCACGCCGCCGACGUGGCCCAGUCUGCGCAUGUGCUGCUGGCCACGCCUGCCCUGGAGGCCGUGUUCACAGACCUGGAAGUCCUGGCUGCCAUCUUUGCAAGUGCCAUCCACGACGUGGACCACCCCGGGGUCUCCAACCAGUUCCUCAUCAACACCAACUCGGAGCUGGCGCUGAUGUACAAUGACGCCUCGGUGCUGGAGAACCACCACCUGGCCGUGGGCUUCAAGCUGCUGCAGGCUCCGAACUGCGACAUCUUCCAGAACCUCGGCGCCAAGCAACGGCUGAGUCUGCGCAGGAUGGUCAUCGACAUGGUGCUGGCCACAGAUAUGUCCAAACACAUGAAUCUCCUGGCGGACCUCAAGACCAUGGUAGAAACCAAAAAGGUGACAAGCCUCGGUGUCCUGCUCCUGGAUAACUACUCCGAUCGCAUCCAGGUCUUACAGAACCUUGUCCACUGUGCUGACCUCAGCAACCCCACCAAGCCGCUGCCCCUGUACCGCCAGUGGACGGACCGCAUCAUGGCAGAGUUCUUCCAGCAGGGUGACCGGGAGCGCGAGUCGGGCCUGGACAUCAGCCCCAUGUGCGACAAGCACACGGCCUCGGUGGAGAAGUCCCAGGUGGGCUUCAUCGACUACAUCGCCCACCCGCUGUGGGAGACGUGGGCUGACCUGGUCCACCCCGACGCACAGGACCUGCUGGACACGCUGGAGGACAACCGAGAGUGGUACCAAAGCAAGAUCCCCCGCAGCCCCGUGGACACCGCAGUCAGCUCGGAGCGGGGGGCCCCCGACAGGUUCCAGUUCCAGCUCGCUCUGGAGGAAGCAGAGGAGGAGGAGGAGGAGGAGGAGGAGGAGGAGGAGGAAGCCCUGGAGAGGGAGCCCUCGGGGUCACCUGACACUUAGCGCCAGUACCCCAGGCCCUGGGGGGCCCUGCCCCUCGACAGCCAGGAGAUUCCAGGCAGGCCCUGCGUGACCACGGGGCAAAGUAAUGACCAAGCCCUUUGGCACCCGACGGCCCUGGUGGGUGAACUUUCCAGAAGGAGGUUCCAGGGGGCCCUUGCUUCAUGUUCCCACCUGCUGAGUCAGACAACCAACUUUUUAGUGAUAGGUAGGUCUCAGGGUCCAAUGGAGGCUGGGGUCCACUCUGACCUCAGGUUCGGCUGAAAUGGCUCUACGGGGCUGGACGGGGGCAGCCUCUUACAGCGCCCUUGGCUCUCCCUCUGGACCUCUAUCCCUAGUAUGGAAAAGGGGGUCUGCCAGGCCCUUGUCCACCUUCUCCAGUAGUCAUUCUUGAACCACAUCUAUCACUUAAUUCUUUCUUUCUUUCCAUGUAUUUAUUGAGCAGCUACUAUGUGUCAGGCCUGUGCCUGCUCUGUGCUUCUGGGGUAGCCCUGCACAAGGUAGGGAGGGAGUCAGCACCCCACAGAGACCCAAUUCUGGCCCUGAAGCUGUGGUGGAGGCAUAGGAAAAGGGAGGCUCUUGUUGGGGACCCUCUCUGAAGGCUGAUUUAAGCUGCAUAGCACUUGUUCAAAAGGUUGCUGUAUUUGUUUUUUGUUGUUGUUGUUGUUUUUUUUCUCCUGUUGCUGGGGAUGGACCACAGGGCCUUGCUCGGGCCAGGCAGGCGCUCUACCACCCAGCUCCUCCCCGCCCCUCAGCCUCUGGGUUCUCUGACUCCCUGCCUCCGGGUGUGCGUGUCUCCUGCUCCCUCUGCUUCCCUACGCUGGGUCCCCCCCAACCCAUGGUCUCUUUCUUGACAACAACAGAACUGCAGAAUUUCCACCCUGUACAGCUCGCCUCUGUGUCUCCUGAUCCUGUGUCCCCAGAGGGAGGGAGUCCUGUGCUGCUUUCUUGCAAUUGUUAGCUCCUUCUGGGCCCCUGCUAAAGGUCGGUGGAGGGUGUGGUGACCGUGACAUUCCUAAAAGAUCUCCGACCCGGGCAGCAGUGAGCAUCUCUCUGGGGCUCAGUAAACCCUCCAGACUUUAAGACACCCUAAUUUACAAAAUGAGUGUCCUAUCCAGGUGUGGUGGCCCACGCCUGCAAUCCCAGGGACUCAGAAGGCUGAGGCAGAAGGGUUGUGAGUUUGAGGCCAGACUGGGUCAUUAGAGAGAUCCUGUGACGAGAUAGAAAAAUAAAAAGGUCUGGGGGUGCAGCUCAGUGGUAGAGCACCCCUGGGUUCAAUCCCUAGUACCAUAAAAAAGCGCAUGGCCCAUUUCAUGAAUGGGGAAUGAGACACAGAGCAGCCCUGUCGCCUGCUCAAGGCCACACAGCCCUGAAGCGAGUAGCCAGCGGCGCCCCCUGGCGGUCGGAGCGGGAGGUGCACCGGGCGGGGCAGGCGAGCUCCGCGGUCCUCCGAGCUUGGCGGGGACCAGCUCGUCCUGGGCAAGCGGGCGUCCUACCGGCUUUGUGCUCAGGGCUCAGGUGGGGGCCUGUCUUGCAAUCCUUCCAGAAGCAGCCAGUAUCCUCCCCGCCCCCACCCUGCAAAUUUAUACACGAUGCGCGUCAUCGCCGCAGCCCCCGCGGGGGGAACAGCGGCUUCAUUCGUAAAUAUUAUGACCACUGGCGACUCUCCAGCACCCAGGAGCGCUCGGCUUCCACCCAGGAAGAACCAAAAGGCAUCUGGGGUCGUGGACUUGGUAGGAGUCCCUGCAGAUUUUCCUCUGUCCUCUCUUUCAGUGCUGGGGAUGGACCCCAGGGCUCCCCAGCAAGCGCCCCACCGCUGAGCUCCACCCGCUUCCUUCCAGACUUUCCAAAGGCAGAGACUUAGGGGACUUUGAUUUCAAAAUGUUCUCUCUCCACACUCCUUACAAAGUAGUAUGUCUCUGCUGCAGCGAAUUUGGGAAUAAUGAAACAUAAAGAAGAAAAUAAAGUAUUACCACAAUCCCAAA